CAGAAACUGGUUCAAUGCGUCCCUGGGGUCUUUUGGGGUCACUUUGGUUAACCUAAAAAGUGAAUUUCUUGCGUCAUCCACAUUUUGGUGAUUUUUGCAUUUUUGUGUUAAUAGUGCUGGUUACUAGGCGAACUAAAAUGUCAUCUGGGCAAGGCUCCAAAGCUAUUUCAUAUCCGACUUUUAACUGUGAAAGGGCCACUAUUGAAAAUUACAGCUGUAAAUAUUGCAACUUCCAAACAGAACUGACAAUUCCUUUCAAACAGCACCAAGUACAGUUUCAUUGUGAUAAAAAGAUCUACAGAGAUUUAUUGUUAAAUGGAGAACAUGGCAAAAAAUACACUUGUGAAAAGUGUAACUUCAAAACAAAGUUUUUUAUGAUAUGGUGUGAACAUGCUGCACAAUGUGUAGGAAAAAACAAAUGUGAUGAAUGUGGAGUAGUUUUUAGGGAGGAACGGUCUUUAAAAGCACAUAGAAUUUCCAAACAUCAUAGCACUGAUGAAUUAGAUUGGCUCCCCUGCUCCCUGUGUCCAUAUCAAACUAAAAAUAAAGUACUUUUGAAAAGACACAUGGCUGCAAUCCAUCUCAGUGCAGCAGAUAUUAAAUGGUAUGAAUGCACAAAAUGUACAUUCAAAUCUAAACGCCAGGAACGUUUAGAACAACACACAAUUACCCAACAUUUGAAUGAACAAGAUAUUCAAUGGCAUCAAUGCAUAAAGUGUCCAUAUAAAACUGAACAUGAGUCUUCGUUAAAACUUCAUAUAAAUUUGGAACAUACAGAUCAACAGAGCAGUGAACGGUGUGAAAGUCAAAAGUGUCCAAAUGAAGCUCAAAACAAAACACAUUUAAAAAGUCACUCAAGUAAACACCAUUUAGAUGAACAUAACAUUAAACGGUUCCAAUGUAAAAAAUGUCCAUUCAAAACUAAACACAAAUAUUCUUUAAAACUUCAUACAAAUGCGAAGCAUACAGAUGAGGAGAGUAUUAAGUGGUAUGAAUGUGACAAGUGCUCAUAUAAAGCUAAAAACAAAUCAUAUUUAAACCGUCACAUAAUUAAUCACCAUUUAAAUGAACAAGACAUUAAAUGGCAUAAAUGUCAAAAAUGUUCAUACAAAGCUAAAACAAAGUUUCGUUUAAAAGAACACAUAAAUAUUCGACAUUUGGAAGAAAAGGAUAUUAAAUGGUAUGAAUGCAAAAUGUGUACAUUUGAAACUAAGCAUCCUCGAAGUUUACGUAAGCACAUGAGUAUACGUCAUGUAGAUAGACAAGAUAUUAAAUGGUAUGAAUGUAAAGAAUGUCCUUACAAAGGUAAACGAAAUUGGGAUUUAAAACGGCAUACAAAGUUGCAUCAUUCGAGUGAACAGCGGGAGAUCAAAUGGUAUGAAUGCAAAUUAUGUCCGUUCAAAAGUAAAUGGGAAUGCGCCUUAAGGAAGCACGUCAAGACCCAGCAUUAGAACGGAGAUGGAAUUUUAAAUGAGUUGUUUCAAACCAGUAACUCACCUUUUAAUUUUCAAAGCUAUGUAUUAAUAUGUUAAGACUACAAAAGCUUUCACUUUUACUAUACAAGAAUUUACUAUUCUUAUGGUAGAUAAGUACCAGUCUUUUUAGAUAUCACAUUUCGUUACAAUAUUAAUAUUAUUAUUAAUGGUCUAUUAUCUGUAUUAUCAUUU